AUGACAGAGUGGGUUUUGGCUUUGAAAGAUUUCAAGGCGCUCGGAAAGGAAUCAAGUUCAUCGAGGGGAAGAACCGAGUUGCAAAUAGUGUGGUACCUGCUUUGCUACUUGACCGUUGUUUCAGACCGCGUCGUAAUGUUUUUCAAAGAACAGAAUCUUAUGAAGAGUGUGCGCGAAAUGCUCGGACCACGUGCCAGAGGCAUGCAGAGAUUUGAUUUCUCUCGCAAUACUAAUAACCGCAUGAACAAAACAUGGGUGGAAGUCAAUAAUUAUAUCAAGGUCCCACGUGCUGACAAGCCUGACAAACGUUACGAAAAAAUCCAUACUUUGCUUGAAGCACUGAAUCUUCAUAAAUCUGGAAGCCUGAAUGAGUUCUUGAACGUAUUUGGCAUAAAAGUAGCUGUGGCACCUAAGGAAGUUGACGGCAUCAGGCGUGUUGCUCCUGGAAUUGUCUUCGGACAUCAGUGUGAACCUGCUAUCGAUGGCUUCAAGUACAACUGGCGUCAAGAUCGUAAUACCCAGUAUGUGAAUAGCGCUAGUGUUGAGCGCAUAAUCAUUAUUCAUAGCGACAACACAUACCGAGAACCAAAGGAGUUGAGGGCCGCAUUGGAGCCAAUGUACAGAAAUCGUGGAAUUAAAUAUAUUCGCUUUGAAGAUGUCUACAUCAGGAGAGGUAGGGACGAAGACAUGGAAAAAGAGUUGGAAGAGCUGUUCAAAAAGAAUAAGGGAUCGAAAUCACUGUUGAUCACUUAA